ACCAAUCACGAAGCUCUUAGGCCCUUUGGCCCAAUGGGAGCGAGCGGUGCGAGACAAUAGGCGGGUUACUUUUUUUUUUGCCGCGAAAACGUCUGGCGUUCUCUUCGCGCCGAGGGGGCGGAAGUUUGUUUUUCCCGGGAAUCGAGUUUGUGGCUGGAGAAGCAGGUGGGUGCCUUCGGGGUUUGCCAGCCCGGGAGGGGGGAGGGGGAAGCGGCUCUCGACUGCUUGUUUGGGUGGGGGGCAAGUAAGUAGCUUUUACCACUGGGAUGUCGGGUGCAAGGCCGGGGAAGUGGCCCCUCGCUCCCUAACCGCAUUGUCUCCAUAUCCGGGACCUCUUGUCCUAUUGAUGGCCUGGUAAUGUCAGAAUCUGACAUUUUGAAAGAACAUGCAAAAAAGGAAAAGUGCAACUGACUGUUGCACCUUGGCUUUGUACAUGCUCAGAUGCAUUUUUUAUCCUUAUGGGCACUCUCCUGUGGUUUGGAUUAGGUCAGGGGUCAGCAAACUUUUUCAGCAGGGGGCCGGUCCACUGUCCCUCUUGUGGGGGGCCGGACUAUAUAUUGAAAAAAAAUAUGAACGAAUUCCUAUGCCCCACAAAUAACCCAGAGAUGCAUUUUAAAUAAAAGGGCACAUUCUACUCAUGUAAAAACACGCUGAUUCCCGGACUGUCCACAGACCGGAUUUAGAAGGUGAUUGGGCCGGAUCUGCCCCCUGGGCCUUAGUUUGCCUACCCAUGGAUUAGGUCUUAGAUGCCAACCAGUACCUGGUCUCUUUUCCCUUUUGUUCCUUUACAGAGCCUUCGUUUUCUGUUACAGGGAAUCGUCAUGUCUGGUUUUGAUGACCCUGGCAUCUUCUACAGUGACAGCUUCGGUGGGGACCCAGUAGCUGAUGAGGGGCAAGUCCGAAAGUCCCAGCUGCAGAAACGUUUCAAAGAGUUUUUAAGACAGUAUCGGGUUGGAACAGACCGGACUGGCUUCACCUUCAAAUACAGGUGCUUUCUUCCAUUUUUUUGUACCCCUUUAACUUGAAGGCUAAAAUGCUGCACAGUAUCUACUUAUCUCGGAGUAAACCCCCCUUUGAACUUAGUAGGACUUAACUCCUGAGCAGAUAAGUGUAGCAUUGUGCUUUUAAUGUAUUGUGCUUUGAAUAUAUUACUGGUUUGGACUUGUAUGGCUCUGUUUACUGUAUUUAUAGGCUGUCCUGUAGCAAAGUUCUCCGGGUCUUAUGGCACCUUAAUGACUAACAAAAAUUAGGGUGGCACAAGCCAUCUGACAAAUUGUUGCAAGACUCUUGGAUUGUUUUCACUGCAAGAGGCUAACAUGGCUACUACCCCUUUGCAAAGUUCUCAAGGCAGCUACCAAUCAGGGGGGAAAAUAAGAUUAAAUAACAAAAACAAAGGAGCAUGAACGCAGUAGAAUAUUAGUGGGUACUAGGGUGUGAGCUUGUCACUUUUAAGUCCUGCCAAACUAAACUUGUUUUCUCUCCCCCCCCCCCCCAAUCUCAAGAGAUGAGCUUAAGCGGCAUUACAACCUGGGGGAGUACUGGAUUGAGGUGGAGAUGGAGGACUUGGCAAGCUUUGAUGAGGACCUGGCAGACUACCUGUUCAAGCAGCCUGCUGAGCACCUGCAGCUGGUAUGUAUGGGGCAAGGGUAAGAAGAGCUGGGAGACAGAAAUAGUGGGUUGCAGUCAGAUGAACAUGGACAGCAUUGAUUUAUUAUUAGUUAUUACAUAUUGUAUCCCACCUUUCCUCCAAAGAGACCAAGGUGGCAUGCCUUAUUCUCCCCUGCCCUUCUCCAUAUUAUCCUCACAACAACCCUGUGAGGUUGGUUAGGCUGAGAGUUGAGUACUGGCCUGAGGUCACCCAGUGAGUCUCAUGGCCAGGUAGGGAUUUGAACCCUGGUCCUCAGGUCCUGGUCUAACCACUACACCAUGCUGGCUCUCCCCAAGGGGGACCUGAAACAAAAUAUUGCUGGCCAGUUAUGCCCUACUGUGUUCCAUUCCCCCCCCCCCUUUCUUUUUGCUCAUUCAACCAUCACUUAGCAUGCUCAGUUCUUCUUUGGUAGUCUUGGGCUUUUUGCCCCUGCCCAAUGUACUUCUGCUUAGCAUGCUGAUACCUCCCUCAUAUUUCUUAGCAGCUUCAUUUCUUUUGACACUUUACCACCUGAGCUUGCUAACAAAGGGAGUGAUAGCCAUUGGCUUCUGAUGUUCUGAGCAGCACCGUUCUUUUUCUCAGCUAGAGGAAGCGGCAAAGGAGGUGGCUGAUGAAAUAACACGCCCUCGUCCAACGGGAGAGGAGACUCUUCAAGACAUUCAAGUCAUGCUGAGGUCAGAUGCCAAUCCAGCCAAUAUCCGCAGUCUCAAGGUGAGCUGGGUGGAUUCACUACGAUAGACUGAAGAGGAGAAGCUACAGUAGAGCAUUUAAAUGUGGAGAAACCCUUUGGAAAAAACACAUGGUCUUGCUCGAUGCCUCAUAGCCAGUCAAUAAAAGUGGGUGACAAGCAUUAGUUUUGCAAAGCCAAAACCAGUGUGGAUCCCCUCUGCAUCCAUAAGCCUUACUACCAAGGAAAUGGUAGUAACCACCUCUUAUUUGCUUGACCCAGGAAGUUUGAUGGUUCCCUCUCUCUGUGUGGGCAGGGAGACAACAAUCCCUAAGUUCACACAGGAAGCUGCCCCUGGAAAUUUUCAUGCCUAUGUCCAAAUCUUCCAUAAUUCUCAGCUUUGAAAAUAAAAUCUUUUAAAAACCAUAUUCUGUAGUUGAGUACAUUAGGCAUGUUGUGUACGUAGAUUAAAUGUUUUGAUUUGCAUUCUUGGCUUUAUUUCCCCAUUUCCCUACCUGCAUUUAGAAACGGGAACACUUCGAGUUUUUAAAAACUGAUUGUGUUAGGUACAGGGGAAGAGAAAUUGGGAUUUGUGGAUUUAUUGCAUUUGGCUCUGAACACUUUGGAGUGCAAUUUGCAGCUGUUUCCUUUGGAGCUCGUUCACAGCUGUGUUUCCCUCCUGCUUGCUUUGCAGUCGGAGCAGAUGUCUCAUCUGGUGAAGAUCCCAGGAAUCAUCAUUGCUGCAACUGCUGUGAGAGCCAAAGCCACCAGGAUCACCAUCCAGUGUCGCACAUGCCGAAACAUCAUCCCCAACAUUGCCUUGCGCCCUGGCCUGGAAGGAUACGCUCUUCCUCGGAAAUGCAGCACGUAAGACUGAAAGUCCCUUUCCCAGUGUAUCUCUUCUCUUGUUCGUCUGCCCCAUCUCACGGGCUAAAUCCUCCUGCAGUGCAACCCUGUACACGCCCAGCCAAAUUGCAUUAUUUAGAGCUUGGUCUCAGGACACUGGAAUUUAGUGGACCUUACUGCCAAGAAGCCAGGUAUGAGUUUUUGCAGUCUUACAGGGCAAUCUAAACUUUGCACUACCAAGGCUCUGCAGAGGCACAACCAGGCCACCCACAGCAGAUGAAAGGUGGAGGGGACCAGGCAGAUCAGCUGUGAGAGCAGCUCAGGAUCUAGUGCAUUUCAGUCUGGCUCAGCCCCAGAGUGCCCCACUUUAGGGGUUUGCUGGUCGGGAUACUGUUAGGCAUCGGGCUGAGCCAGGAGAUGCAAGCAAAGGGUUGCCUUCACUCAAUACAUGCAUGCCACAGGGGAGGGUUGGAUUGCAGCCCCUGUCAUUUGUUUUAUGGCAGAGUAUUGUGUUUGUUUGCUCAGACGUUAAUCACAUUAAGUUAAAUGGAUCUUGGUUUGGGUAGGUAGCCGUGUUGGUCUGACGCAGUCGAUAUAAAUAAAAUAAUGUCCAGUAGCAUCUUAAAGACCAACUAAGUUUGUUCUGGGUGUAAGCUUUCAUGUGUACAUGAAAGCUUAUACCCAGAGCAAACUUAAUUGGUCUCUUAAGGUGCUACUGGACAUUUUUUAAUUAUUAUUUUAAAUGGAUCUUGUUCUCAAGAAGGCAGCCAUAAGACUGCAACCUUAAGUUUUGCUUAAGGUUACCUGCCCUCCUCCUAAGAUUUUUGAUACCGCCUUCAAGGGAAAUGCAAUUGUCCCGUGUUCUCAGAAAGGACCUAAGAAUUAAACAGAACCAACAUGGUGAUCAGCAGCUUUUAAUUAAGAGCAAUUGGCUCACUUGGAGGCUGUGGGCGACUUUGGGGCAGAAGUCCAGGGCCUCCAGAUGAAGAAUGGAGGUCCAGAGAAGUCCGGGGCCUCCAUUACCUUAAAUUUUGAAGCUGAUGGGAAGAUGCACAGCACCCACCCACAUCAGUUGGUAAUAUCAGGCAGCUGAGCCCAGAGCCUAAUACUAACCUAAUUGUACCACCACAGAAGAGCAAGUAGUGCGUUGGGUCAAUCAAUUCCUUUUUACUCAGGUGUGGGGAACCUUUGGCCCUCCAGAGACUGCUGAAAUGCAAUUCCUAUAAACUUUCAACAAGCACGACUGGUGGCCAGAGGUGAUGGGGGUUCUGGUUCAGCAACAUCUGCAAAGGUUCCCCAUACCUGCUUUAGCUGACUUACAGACUUUGGUUUACUUUUACUUUUCUCCCAGCAGUGCACAGGUAAAACAAUCCUAUAUCUGUAGUAUGUCCUCUGAAGGCUUUCCCUUAACACUUUUGUGAGUGGGGGUCAGGUGAAUAUAUGGUCCCCACAUGAAGCUGAGGUCUGUGGGUUCAGCAACCUUCCUUGGGCACAGGAGGUAAUCUUGGGGCAAGUUUGGUGUCUCUUGGUUCUAUUAAUCUGCAAAACAGGGAUUUUCAUGACGUGCCAGACUACGUGUCUUGGAAGAUGACUUAGACAAAGAUGAUAAAAGCACACCACUCCUUCUAAUGGAAUCAGCAAAGGAAGAAUGGAUACAUAAACUUAUGGAAUAUGCAGAAAUGGCAAAACUCACUGGAAGAAUAAGAAAUCAAGACAAUUAUUGAAUAUUUACAGAUGAAUUUCGAACAGAUAAAAACAUUGGCAGGAUUGUUGUAAUAACCUGCAGUUUAUAUUUAAAGUAGAUAAUCAAAUGAGCAAAUUAAAUGAAUUUGGACAUGCAGAAGAUAUUUAAAAAAUUAAGGAACCACAGAAAGAGGGGAAAGGAAGUCAAACUUUGAAAUGUUAAAAUGAUUGUAGAAUUAAUAAAAUGUAUAAAUUUGAAAAGUAUAAAUAAAAACUCUAAUGUACAAUCUGCUCCCAUCUUCCCUGCACCCAUUUCCCCCCCCCCUUCCCUCCUCCCCUGUUCAGGGAACAGACAGGCCUAACAAAGUGCCCUUUGGACCCAUACUUCAUUGUUCCAGACAAGUGCAAAUGUGUGGAUUUCCAGACCCUGAAGCUCCAGGAGUCGCCAGAUGCUGUCCCCCAUGGGGAGAUGCCCAGGCACAUGCAGCUCUACUGCGACAGGUGACAACUUCCAUCAGCUGAUUUGGACAGGGAACUUUGUUGUUAGAAAGAGGGGUUUAUUUCUCGGUGGUGGAACAAACACUUUGAAAUCAAGAGUUCUCAGGUUCAACCCCCCAGGCACCUCCAGGUAAAAAGUUCAGAUAGCAGGUGAUGGGGAAAGAGCCCUAUCUGAAAGACUGGAGAGCUGAUGGCAAUCAGUGUAGGCCAGGGAUGGCUAAGCUCUGGCCAUCCAGAUGUUGGACUACGACUCCCAUCAACCCCGACUGUUUCCCAUGCUGGCUGGGACUGAUGAGAGUUUAUAUCGAAAGCUGAGCCAGUCAUUUUUCUGAUAAUUCUGCAUUGUUUUAUGGUAUAUGAUGCUUUUGGGUUUUUUUUGUAAAUUUUGCUGUGUAUUACCCUGGGAUGGUCUAUAAAUACUUCUAGAAAUAUUAAAUAAACAGUAUCUAGUGGGGUGGCAGGUUCCUAAUUCCUGGUAUAGGCAGUAAUCUAGGUCAGGCGUAGGCAAACUCUGACCCUCCAGAUGUUUGGGACUACAGCUCCCAUCAUCCCUAGCUAACAGGACCAGUGGUCAGGAAUGAUGGGAAUUGUAGUCCCAAACAUCUGGAGGGCCAGAGUUCACCCGUGGCUGAUCUAGGUGGACCAAAUUAUCUGAUGCUGAUGUAAGACAGCUGCCUAUGCUGAACCUAUCAUAAGAAUGUUUACAUCGAACAUUUGAGUCGGUUGCAGUGUCCUCUGGCUCUACAAAAUUGGAUAAAAGAAGGUACCAGUGCUUUGACACCUUCUGUGUACUUUUGGGGUAUGGGUUGUUAGAUAAUGGUGGUUCCUGAAGACAUGAGAAUGUAAGUGGGCCACAGGAAUGGCCCUGUUGAUACUUAUUUAAAACUGCAAUCCUACGCACACUUCUCUGGGAGUAAGUUCCAAUGAACUCGCUGGGUCUUACUUCUGAGUAGGCAUGAAAUAAGACUGCACUAUAAAGCUAUUUAGCAAAUUUGGAAGGAACCCAAAGACUUAUUUUCUAGUCCAAUUCCCAGCUGGUACACUGGGUCAACCACCCACCAGCUGAAUGAUGCAGGAACACAACGAUUGCCAUCUUUCUUAGGUGCAUGUGUUGAAAACAGAGCAUUCUUGGCUUGUUGUUAACCACUGUGAGCAUUCUAAAGAUAAAGAUGUACAAUGGAAAGGCAACAUAAAAAUACCUGGUAGUAAAUAAAAUGACAAAAUUUUGUCUCCCGGGCCAACUCUGCAAUAUUUGAGGCAUGCGUACUUGGGAAGCUUUUUGUCAUUCAAGAGGAAACAAAAGGCAAUCUUGUACAGUGGUACCUUGGGUUACAUAUGCUUCAGGUUACAUAGACUUGAGGUUACAGACUCCACUAACCCAGAAAUAGUACCUCGGGUUAAGAACUUUGCUUCAGGAUGAGAACAGAAAUUGUGCUCCGGCGGUGCAGCAGCAGGAGGCCCCAUUAGCUAAAGUGGUGCUUCAGGUUAAGAACAGUUUCAGGUUAAGAACGGACCUCCGGAACGAAUUAAUUACUUAACCCGAGGAACCACUGUAGUUCCACUUUUCUUUCCCUCCUUGCUUAUGCUAAUUGUUUUUCCAGGUAUUUAUGUGACAAGGUUGUCCCUGGGAACAGAGUGACCAUCAUGGGCAUCUACUCAAUCAAGAAGUCUGGCCUCACGAAGAACAAGGGCCGGGACAAUGUUGGCGUGGGCAUACGAAGCUCUUACAUCCGUGUGGUGGGAAUCCAAGUGGACACUGAAGGCUCGGGUAAAGCUGCUUUUUGAGAACUCUGCUCCUUUGUUUCUGGUUCUUAAUACUGUCCUGCCUCUUUUGUAUUCUUGUGAACUUGAACCACCUGCUCAGGAAUGCUUUGAUUUGAAGAGCAGUCGUUUGGUGUUGUGGCUGAGAGGCAACAUAACCUCACGUUAACCCCAGGCAAUUCCUGCCUCACUACUCAAACUUUGGCCCACUGUGCUAAUUUCUUAAUAUGGCACAUAGAGGUGCUAUCAAUUUGAUUUGUAAAUUCACUAUCUGUGGGUAUUGAAUGCAAAUAACUUGAUAGAAUAAACAGGAGCAGACAUGUAUAUGCCUAAUCGAACACAUCCAUCUGUGGAACUGACACUUUUAAAAGUGCCACAUCAUGUUCAUUCUGCCCUUGUAAGGAAUCUGGCUUUUAGUGUGGCAACUCAUGCACUUCUGGAACUCCCUGCCGAUUGACAUUAAGUAGGUAUCUUUGCAGUUCUCAUUCUGGAUCCUGCUAAAAUCUUUUUUUGACUAGGCAAGCCUAAUCAAAUGUGAAGUUACCAUGUAUUUUAAUCUACCUUUUGCUUGCAAUGUAUACAUUUAACUGUGGAUUUUAUUUAUAUUUUGACUUUUUAAAAAAAAACCCCACUUCAUUUUAGUCUUUGACUUCCAUUGAUGUUUUUAAUGUGUAUUUUAUAUACUUUGUGAACCACUUAGAGGUUUUAUUUACAACUAAGCCGUAUACAAAUGUUGUUAAAUAAAUAAACCUUCUCCACCCGUAUUCUUCUGGGGAUGUGUCCUCUCCUUUGUGAAAUAGGGAUGAAGUUCUUCUAAGUGUACAGAAAGAAAUGGUAAUGUUUGGGAUGGGGAAAAUAUAAAAAAUGGGGGCUACUGUGACAUUGCAGUGAAUGGUUAAAAUAAUUAAAAUUGAGUGUCUUGAGUGUUUCUGUAUUCUCUCCUCUAGGACGUAGUGUCAGUAGUUCUGUGACUCCUCAGGAAGAAGAGGACUUUCGACGACUCACUUCCAUGCCCAAUAUUUACGAGACGAUUGCCAAGAGUAUUGCUCCCUCCAUCUAUGGAAGCAGUGAUAUCAAGAAGGCUAUUGCCUGCAUGCUCUUUGGAGGCUCUCGGAAGAGGUAUUGGCAAUUGGCAUGAAGGAAGAACAGAACGGGAACACAAAAGAAAGUGUCCUUUCAUUUUCCCCCUCCUUCCAUGUUGAAGGAGAGCAGCCCAUUUAACAGUUGCAUUUGUGUCCAGUGUGUGUCAUGGCUAUUCCUGUCGAGUAGAGUCGAGACAUACCAGAAGUAUAUUAAAAUGAAAUAAAGGCCAUGCUGGCCACAUGCCUUCUUCACUGAGGAUAUCUCUAGUUGACCUGGGCAGUUCCAGGCUCACUUCUCAAAACUUCCACUCGCUAACUUGGGACAUAAUGCAUUAACAAGCCAAUCAAAUGAUAGCAUGAGCAUCUGUGGCUAAUUUAAUGCCAAUAAGGUGGAAUGGAAGAAGCUGCCACUCUUUUCCAAUGGCCUUGAAGCUCUUGGCAGGCUGGUUUGAAAUACAUCAACUCUGUUCCUAAUAGCAAACUCGGGUGGUGAAUGCUGACAGGUGGAACCAAAAUGGGGCUACUAAGAAAUGAGCUCACCUUCUCUCCUCCUCUCUCUGGCUUUACUCUACAGGCUUCCAGAUGGGUUGACCCGCAGAGGAGAUAUUAAUCUGCUCAUGUUGGGAGACCCAGGCACAGCCAAGUCCCAGCUGCUGAAGUUUGUAGAAAGAUGUUCACCCAUUGGGGUAAGUGUCCUGCAUAUUGCCUCUUUGGGAUUAAAAAUAGAAAAAUCUGUACUGCUUUAUUGCACCAAAAAGAAAUAGCCAUACAAUGCAUCAGAACUACCCAACUGAAUUCACAAGAAUAUAACCUAUGGAUAUAUAAAAAAUGCAUUCAAACUGAUCUUUGAUGGGCAUGGAUUACUGCUGUCAGUCAUCUCUGCUCUAUGGUCCUCAUUUGAAUUGUUGCAAUACACUCUAUGCAGGCUGCCCUUGAAAACAGAAGCUAUAGCAAGUACAGAAUAUGGCUGCCAGGUUUAUUAACUGGGGAAGUUAUAUGGGAUCAUGGACCACCUAUCUUAAUAGUUAAACACCAGCUUCCUGUAUGCUACUGGGCUUGAUUAUCUGCAGAAGAGCCUUCUUGACCUCAUAAUAGACAAUUCAGAAAUUUCAUUGGCAGUGGGGGCUUUCCCUGCAGUUCCUGCCAGGAUUCAGAGUGGGGUGUAUAUAGAAGGCCCAUCUCCAUGAUAGGGCCUUGACUCAGGAUUAUCUCCCCCUUUGAGAGGUAUCUGUUUCCCACAUUAUUGGGUUGCACCAGGUUUUCCAUAAACUGACUGGGCUGCAGAGUGUAUGCAUCUGACAUGACAAGUAUUUUCUCUCUCUCUGUUCCUCUUUCAGGUGUACACCUCUGGGAAAGGCAGCAGUGCAGCUGGCCUGACAGCUUCUGUGAUCAGAGACCCAUCUUCACGGAGUUUCUUCAUGGAAGGAGGAGCCAUGGUGCUGGCUGAUGGGGGAGUGGUUUGCAUUGAUGAGUUUGACAAGGUACAAAUGGGAUGCGCCAGCAAAAUUCUGCAUUACCGUAUGUUCAAUGCUUGAAGCAGGUCUCCUAGUACACCAACUUUCUCCAACGUAGAGCCUUCCAGAUGCUGUGGAUCACAUCUCCCAUCAUCUCUGGCCGUUGAACGUGUUGGCUGGGGCUGAUGGGAAUUUUAGUCCAAAGCAACCAACAGCUGGUUAGCUUUGGGGAUGCCACAAAAAGAUGAGGUCAAGACAGUGUAUUAAUAUAUAUUAAGUAAUGCAUAAUAUAAGCAGAUGCUAGGAGGCCAACUGGCCCUAAAAAUACCCCACCCAUUAGGACUGUGGGAUCCUGAGGUAAAAGUUUUUCAAAAUGUUGAUCGUAUGCUUCCUAGAUUCAUUUGUUACAUGAAAGGUUUACAUUCUGAAGUUUCAAAGUCGGUAGUUUGCCUCCAGCCACUGGUUAAUGGAUAAAUAAAAAUAUUGUAGUAUAGGGAGGGGGAGAUGGGAUAGCAUCUUGCAUCAGUUGCCCAUGCCUGAAAGAGCAGGAAAUAGUGUAGAUCAGGCAUGGCCAAACUCAGCCCUCCAGCUGUUUUGGGACUACAACUCCCAUCAUCCCUAGCUAACAGGACCAGUGGUCAGGGAUGAUGAGAAUUGUAGUCCCAAAACAGCUGGAGGGCCAAGUUUGACCAUGCCUGGUGUAGACUGUUUGAUGCUCUCUUCCAUUCCUAUGAGAAACCUGACUCUAUAAUUUUUCUGGAUUCUGUUUCUCCUCUCUCCUCCCACCCUCCCCACCCCCCUUUUUUUGUUUCUAUAGAUGCGUGAGGAUGACAGAGUGGCUAUCCAUGAAGCGAUGGAGCAGCAAACCAUCUCCAUCGCCAAGGUGAGCUCCGUUGCCGAGGCAGCACCAACCGUUUAGGCAUGGUGUCCCACCUGCUUGUUUUAAGUAUCUUCAGCCUGUGAGUCUUACGCUUAAACUUGGAUCUCUUACUGGGCUUUUAAAUGGUAAGGACCCAGUGAAGCGGGGUUAAUUUCUUCCCACUGGCAUGCAAAAGGAAAAAGAGCUGAUGAGUUUCCAAAGUGGCUUCAAGCAUUAACCUUCACCCUAUGGGCCUGGUCUGCAUUCAGCACUUGCACGUGGGUUUACGUGCCCAUUGAUUUUGCAUUAUUUACUGUCACGCUUCAGAUUCCUGCUGAUGUGACUUUUUUUUCCUUUUCGCCUCGGUUUCGCUCACACAGGCCGGUAUCACGACCACCCUCAACUCACGCUGCUCCGUGUUGGCAGCUGCCAACUCCGUCUUUGGUCGCUGGGAUGAAACUAAAGGCGAGGAGAACAUAGACUUCAUGCCCACCAUCCUUUCCCGAUUUGACAUGAUCUUCAUUGUCAAGGAUGAGCACAAUGAGGAAAGAGAUAUGGUAGGUGGGCUGAGUAGCUCUGUGUACAGGGAAGGCACUGUAGGGCUGCCUGCUGGGGAGACCAACUACCUUGUGAUAGCAGAAGGACUGUAUCUUCAGACAUGACCCUGCUUUUCGUGUAUUUGCCAUGGCAGAGCACUUCUGGAGGAUGGAAUAGGCCCUUGACCCCAACAGUGUAUGUUUUCUGAUCGGCUUGCCCGCAUAACAUCCUUGAUAGGAUUUAGCAUUUCCCCAGGCUGGGAAGCUGAAAUCCAAAGGCCAGUCUGAACAAAUCUUGUGCUCCAAGUCCCAUAUCUGCCCCAGAAUGCGGUGCUGCUCGAUGAGGCCACACAACCUCUCAGCCUCUGGCAUGGGAAUAUUGUGCAGUCUGCCUGCACAAGAUGAUUUUAUGUGCAAGGCUGCAGAGCACGCUGUAAACUGAGACUGCUUCCUAAAGGAUAGAUUAUAACUGAGGACUAAGGCAGGGCAGAGCCAUUGUUAGAGCCUAGCCUGCACUUGUUUAAAUGAAUUCUUUGCUAGCCAUAUGUUUCCUGCAUGUUGAAAAGACUCCUGUUUGGUGUGCUUCGUGCUUCCAACCCCUCCUGCUCUGCGCUGUAUCCACAGAUACUGGCCAAGCACGUGAUGUCUCUGCAUGUGAGUGCUCUGACCCAGACCCAAGCUGUGGAGGGGGAGAUUGAGCUGAACAAACUGAAGAAGCUGAUCGCCUACUGCCGAGCGUGAGUCAAUUGAGAAAUUGUAGCACCGUUACUUGGGAAGGAUGGCAAGCGCUUCUAAACAAGCUGUAUGGUGGGCUGAGACCUAGCUAGUUGUAAUGUGCUCCUUUCUUGCUCUUCAUGCCCCCUUUAACCAAAAGCAGCCUGAAUAGUUGUGAAUGUCACAAUGCUAAAAAGCCUUGUCCACCUUAGCUUUUAAAAGCUCAGAGUGAAUUCUUUUGUUGCUCUAAAGCAAAGGGAGGGGUGCCAUUGAACAAAUAUUGAUACCACCACGGUCCCCCAUUCCAUAUACGUACAUAUAUAUAUACACACACACACACGCACAUAUAUAUACACACACACACACACGCACAUAUAUAUAUAUACACACACACACACGCACAUAUAUACACACACACACGCACAUAUAUAUACACACACACAUAUUUUUAUUGGUUUUUUAAUAUAUAAUUUUCAACAAUCAUUUAAAGUAACUUCUUAUCUUAUACAAUAUUUUAGACCUCCGUCAACCACCUCUGAUGAUUUUCCGUUCUUUAUCGCUUAUUCUGCAUUUCUUAAUUUCUCUAUUACUCUUAAUUAUCAUUAACUAAUAAUUCUCUUCAUAGUCUUUCUUGCAAUAUUUCAAAUAUUCCUCCUUACAGAACUUCUUGCAGUCCUACUAGUGUAAUCUGUUCAUUACAAUUGCUUUUCAAAUAGUUCAUAUAUUUACCACUGUCCCCCAUUCCUAACCCUCCCAACAUUUUCACUGUCAUUCCUCAUCACACUGCAUUCUGCUGUCAAGGGCCAUACCCCACAAACCACAAGGCCAAGUCUUCCAGAACUAUGUGAAGGCAUAUUACUCCAGUAUAACCUUUAUAACUUGCCAUUCAAACUUCAGUUCCUGGAAUUUGGGCUUCCGCUUAGCUGUUUUGGGUAGUGCUUCUGAGUUUAAUGGCAGUGCUGAGUCAUUGGAGAUGCUGUGGGGAAAGCUGGAUUAGAUCUCCAAAAAUCUGCUCUCAAAAGUAUAAAGCUGUUUCUGGCUCGGGGUUUUUUUUUUUUUUUUUAAAUGAUAUUUAUUAAGAGUUUUAGAAUUACAGAAAAAACAGAGAAGAAAAAGAAAGAAAGAAAAACAAAAGAAAAACAAACCACAAUCAAACAAUACAAAUUGAUAAAAAUCAAAAUCAAAAAAUAAGAACAAAGCACGUAACACAACACAAUCAAGAGGCAAAAAUAAGCCACAAAAAUUUAAAAACAAAUCCAAUAUUCUCAAAUCCUUAACUGUCAUUACCUUCUUUCUUUGACCUCCUCACUCCUCCCUUUUUUUGUGUCCUAGUUGUUAAUAGUCACAGCAAAUCCUUUCCAUUUUUCAUAAUAUUCUGUCAUUACAUUACCUUAAUCUAUUUUAACCUUAUCUUACUAUAAAAGACCCUAAAACUUAAAACUUAGAUCUUAUUUAUACCAAUUUCUCAUAACAUAUUCUUACAUAAUUCUUUUAACAUUUUUGCUAAAGCCAAAUAAUUUCGUUCCAACAUUUUUCUAACAUUCAUCAAUUUUAUAAAGCAAUCCUAAUAAAAAAAAAUUUCUUCCAAUCUUCAUCCAGCGUCUCUUCCUCCUGGUCCCGGGUUUUGUCAGUCCUUUCUGGCUCGGGGUUUGAAUGGGAUGGAGACUCAUCCAGAUGGGUGAGACUGGGGAAGAUCUGUGGCAGAGCCAGUUGGUAGGGAAGCCUCUGGUAGAAUUGUGCGAGUUCAGUGCUCCCUCUGAUUUAUUAAGCCCUGCAAUGUCCUCUGCAGGAAGUGCGGCCCUCGUCUUUCUGCAGAGGCUGCAGAGAAGCUGAAGAACCGCUACAUCCUCAUGCGCAGCGGAGCCCGCCAGCACGAGAGGGAAAGCGACCGUCGAUCCAGCAUUCCCAUUACGGUCAGGUGAGGUGGCAGCAGGUGUCUGUGAGGGAUGGGGAGGAAUGUAAAGGACGGUGCCUAGGAGGAUGGCCUAGGAGGCCUCUUGUUCUUGGCAGGCUCCCUUGCGUGAGGCCAAGACAGAUGCACUGUUGAGACAAGAUAGUCAGAUCUUUCUCAGGGAAGUUGCGUUGGAUGAUGGAUGUGUAUCCUUCUGCUGGCUGCUUGGAUCGAGUGGGGGCACAGAUGCUGGAUGAAGGUUCUCUUCAGGAAUCUUGCCUGACUGGUUGGGCUUGGCCUGGGCCAUGAAAUGGGACUGUGCGCUGUUAAGAAGGGAGACUUGGCUAUGUGAGGCUUUGUUCUCUGCCUGGCCUAGUUUUUGCUGCACCUCUCCAGACCUCAAGUGUAGAAAGUGUUUCAUGACUGAAUGUUCUUGGCAGAGGAAUGGGAAACCUGUAGCCUUCCCAUACGUUGCUGCAUUAACAGCUCCCAUAGUCUCUUGACCAGUUGCAAUGCAGAUCCUCUACAAUUAAAUAAAUAAAUCCCUGCACAUAGAAAUCUGUAUCUCAAUGGAAAGCAUAGGUUUGGGUCCCUUCUUCAUUGUCAUAUACCUGCUUUAUUUUCCUACAUUGUAUAGAUGUACAUUCUGUGUUGAAGUGCAACAUGUCUAGGCUUAUGGGCAAUUUCUACCUGCUAUUAACAAUUGCAAUUUCUAGCAAGUGUUUCUUCUAUUCUCAGCAUUUGAUUUGAGGUUUUGCCUCCGUACGUUUCCAGUUCCCUUGCUGCGAUAACCUUCAUUUCUUUCCCCUUCGAGAUAUAUACAGUGGUACCUUGGAAGUCAAAUGGAAUCCAUUCCGGAAGUCUGUUUGACUUCAAAAAUGUUUGGAAGCCGCAGAAGUCACAUUGGACGUUCGGGUUCCAAAGAACGUUCGCAAACCGGAACCACUCACUUCUGGGUUUGCGGCAUUCGGGAGCCAAAACGUUCAAUUCGCCAGGUGUUUGGGAUCCAAGGUAUGACUGUAUAUGAUGUUUCAUUUCUGCCAUGCAGGCAGCUGGAGGCCAUUGUGCGGAUUGCAGAGUCCCUCAGCAAGAUGAAGCUGCAGCCUUUUGCCACGGAUGCAGACGUCGAGGAAGCCCUGCGGCUCUUCCAGGUGUCUACGCUCGAUGCUGCCAUGUCGGGCAGCCUCUCAGGUGAGACAACAAAACGGCAGCACACUUGCACAACACCCGUGUCCUCUGGAAGUGUUUGGGUAUACAUAGUCUUGUUGGAAAGAUACGAAAUGUACUCUUUCCAGUGGAAAAGGCAGUCAAUAGCCUGUGCCAUUGACUUACAAGGUGCGUUUAGGCCAGGCCACUUUCCCUUUUGGACGGCGUUCCAGAGGCCACAGGCCAGCAGGGUUUCAGGCAGGGGACAUUCCCAGCCUUAUUCGGAGUUGCUGAGGAUUGAACCUGGUAUGUUUUGCAUGUAGAUGCACUAUACCCCUAAUCCACCCACCCCAUUGUACUGUGUUAAAUACCGUAUUUUUCGCUCUAUAGGACGCACUUUUUCAUCUUCAAAAAUGAAGGGGAAAUGUGUGUGCGUCCUAUGGAGCGAAGACGCCAUAGCCCCGCGACCCUCUCCCGGCUGGAGAGGUGACGCACGGCUAUGGCAGGAGCCUCUGUAGCCGCGCAUCAUCUCUCCAGCCGGGAGAGCACGCACGGGGCUAAAGAAGCACCCCGCAACCCUCUCUCGGCUGGAGAGGUGACGCGCGGCUAUGGCGGGAGCCUCUAUAGCCGCGCAUCAUCUCUCCAGCCGGGAGAGCACGCGCGGGGCUAAAGAAGCACCCCGCAACCCUCUCCCGGCUGGAGAGGUGACACGCGGCUAUGGCAGGAGCCUCUGUAGCUGCGCAUCACCUCUCCAGCUGGGAGAGUGUGCACGGGGCUAAAGAAGCCAUAGCCCCGCGACCCUCUCCCGGCUGGAGAGGUGACGCGCGGCUGUGGCAGGAGCCUCUCCGCUGCGCCUUUCCGCUGCUCCCUGACCUGCUCUUUGGGGCUGGUGGUGGGCUUCGCCCCGCCAGCCCCAAAGAGCAGGUCGAAAGGAACCUGAAGCCUGGAGAGCGAGAGGGGUCAGUGCACACCGACCCCUCUCGCUCUCCAGGCUUCCAAGGUAGCCGCCUGAACGCACCUUAAACGGCACCUUGUUUUAGAGUGGGAAAACAAGGGGGGGAAAUUUCUCCCCCUCUCUGCGCAGCGCCUCCUGCCGCUUCGCUGAAGGGGGGCUGGGCAGAGAGGGGGAGAUUUUUUUUCUUGUUCUCCCCCCUCUAAAACAAAGUGCGUCCUAUUGUCCGGUGCGUCCUAUGGUGCGAAAAAUACGGUAGGUGGUGCAGUGGUGCCCACAUAUUUUUGCAUUUAAGCUUCUGUAAAGAGAACUGCAGGGAUGCGGGUGGCGCUGUGGUCUAAACCGCAGAGCCUAGGGCUUGCUGAUCAGAAGGUUCGGCAGUUCGAAUCCCCACAACGGGGUGAGCUCCUGUUGCUCGGUCCCUGCUCCUGCCAACCUAGCAGUUCGAAAGCACGUCAAAGUGCAAGUAGAUAAAUAGGUACCACUCCGGCGGGAAGUUAAACGGUGUUUCCGUUCGCUGCUCUGGUUCGCCAGAAGCGGCUUAGUCACGCUGGCCACAUGACCCAGAAGCUGUCUGCAGACAAAUGCUGGCUCCCUCGGCCUAUAGAGUGAAAAGAGCAUGCAACCCCAGAGUGGUCCGCGAUUGGACCUAACGGUCAGGGGUACCUUUACCUUAUCUUGUCUCUAGGCGUGGAGGGUUUCACUACCCAGGAGGACCAAGAGAUGCUGUCGCGUAUUGAAAAGCAGCUCAAGCGUCGCUUUGCCAUUGGCUCCCAAGUCUCCGAACACAGCAUCAUCCAGGAUUUCGUGAAGCAAGUGAGUUCAGUGGGUCAGGCAAUUCAUGGGAAGCUUGGGAGAGGCUGGCAGAAUUUGCCACACAUGAGCUGCCAAACACUGAUAAUCCGUCUCUGUCUGUGGUCCUUCAAAGGCAGUAACAUAAUUUUUUUAAGAGGCUUACACAAGCCAAGGGUUGCAGUAUCAUGAGACGCUAUCCACCCCUGGUGUGCACUUCAGAAAUUUGGCUUUGUUGAGGUUACAAGUUGCGCAGGCUGAGCUAGAGCCCUUGUGGACUACUACUUCCAUUGAAGAGAAACAUUUGUACUGCUCUUGAUGGUUUUACAUCACUAUACAACUGUCCUGGUAUUUUAUGAGAGGAUAUUUAUAUUCUAUAAAUAGAAAUAAAUACACACACCUGAUCUCCUUACCCACAUUUGUUGAAGAGCAACAGACUGGGGGAUAUUUAUUUUUAAAACAAACACUUCUAGCUGCUUUCACGGUAUCUUCAUGAUGCUGAAAGAUCUGAAGUACCUGUUUUCUGAAACAAUAACACUUCACACUCAAGGAUUUUCUACCUGACCUACCCACCUGCUUGAGGUUUACUAUAACCAAGCCUAGAAUUGACUCCCUUUUUUUCGUUAACACAAGACAUUUAACACACUUGACAUAGUUGAGGGCUCUUCACUCGCUCCUGUUACACUCGUACCCUGCUUGUGAGAUUGCCAGAGGAAUCUGAUUGGCCGCUAAGAGAACAAGACGUUGAAUUAAAUCAGCCUGAUCCAAAAGCUUUUCUUAAGUUCUCACCUUGCUUCCGACGCUGCAAGUCAUCUCUGAAGCAGGUUAAGAGGGGUCUGUUCACUUUAUCUCCAUGGGAACAAGCCAACAUUUCUGCUUUUGGAAGCCAGAGUUCCCGUAUUCCCUAAACAGAUUGCAAAUGCCAUGUAUCAUUGCCCAGUAAGGAAAGGUUCUGGAAAAGCUGCUAUGGCACCCAUGGAGGCCAUAGGGCAGCUUUUUCAUGAGCUGUUCACCCACAGCAAGCCCUGGGGUGAGGUUGAACAGCUGGCCACACUCGCCAUUUUGAUUUGGCUCUGAGCAUGCCAUCUUCGGCAGGCUGUUGGGGAUAAUGCUCUGAAGGACAGACAAGGGAUGCAAUUCUGCAGCUGAAGUAAAGAAGGGGUAGCCCUGUAAGCUGCCUGCAUACGAGACCAACUAGGAAGCGCCUGAAGGGGCUCUGUGCUCUUUUGAAGGAAGGAAGAGGGGGAAUAAGGUGUGACUGUUGCCACACGAGGAUGUGGCUUCUGUGUGCAAGAGGGCUGUAGAGCUAUCGCUGGAGCCCUGCUUCUCGUCAUUGAGGAUGCAGCCCUGCACAUCUACCACUGCCCCAUCCAGCUCUGAUCCUUCUCUGAUCUCUCAAGUUACUUGAGCUGGAUGGACCACACUGGGAAUGACCAUAGACCCAUAAUACAUAAAUAGCGCAGAGUGGAAAUGAAAAGAAGAAGAAGCAUUUGACCUUCUCUGCCUCACCCACCCCACUUUUCCCUUCAAACCCUUCAAACUGUGUUCUUGUUGCAUCUCAGAAGCAAAGCUCUGCUAGAGCAGACACUCAUCUAGAAACCCUGCAUGAUAAAUUUACCCAGGAGCUGGCUUCUUAACUCACCCAACAUCCCCACCUCCAACCCAGUUCAGCAAUUGUUUUUCAGCUUGGGUCCAGUCUACCUGCGAGAUCUCCUCAUUCCAUAUAUGUCCACCUGUACACUUUGACCUAUGGAACUGGUGCUGUCACAGGUUCCACUCUCGCCACAUUUGUAAGUACAGUGGGACCUUCGUUCUCAAACUUAAUCCAUUCCGGGAGUCCGUUCGACUCCCAGAGCGGUUCAAAAACCAAGGCACGGCUUCCGAUUGGCUAUAGGAGCUCCCUGCACUCAAAAGGAAGCCGCAUCGGAUGUUCAGCUUCUGAAAAACAUUUGCAAACUGGAACACUUACUCUUGGGUUUGCAGCAUUCGGGAGCCGAUUAGUUUGGGAGCCAAGCCGUUCAAGUACCAAGGUACCACUGUAACUGAUAUUUUAGUGUGGCAGCACUUACACUUUGUAACUCCCUGCCUGCUGACAUCAGACAGGUGCCUUCACUGUGUGCUUUUUGGCGCCCACUAUAGGUAAGCGUAUGCAGACAAGUAGAAUAUUGACAAGUGGUUUUUAAAAAAAUAAAAAUCCUACAAUUGAUUUUAAAUAGUUCUUUUUAAAAUUUAUUUAUAAUUUCAUUGUUUUCUCCUUUGCGUAAACUAUUUUGAAGGUGGUGAGUGUUUUAAAGAAACAACCGUGCGGCAUAUUCAUUUUGUAAAAAAAAUUAACAGUGGGCCUCACAGACUCUCUUCCUGUUCUCUCGCCUCCUUCCCAGAAAUACCCUGAGCAUGCCAUCUACAAAGUGCUGCAGCUCAUGAUGCGCCGUGGCGAGAUCCAGCAUCGCAUGCAGCGCAAGGUCCUCUACCGCAUCAAGUAGAACGCCACUUCCUUCCGUGAGCUUCAGGAGCGGAUUGGCUCUCCCCACACUUGGCACAAAAGUUCUGUGAGUCCCCUCAGGCUGUUUGCUUCCUGUCCCUACCACAAAGGUCCUUCAGAGACUGGCCCAUCUAUGUCUUGCGGAUGGAAACUCUUCGUGGCACAAAGGCUGAUAAGAAGAGCUGCUGCUGCUGCUGCUGCUGUUGUUAUUUUGUUCCAGCUUUCCCAUUAAAGUGUCGCCUUGAUGUUUUGCUAGAACAUCAAAAGCUUUUUAGCUGCAUUAAAACUUAAUAAAUGAAAUAUAGUCAU